UAAUGUAGGUAGUUAAAUUACGGAUUAUCCCUUACGCAGAUUCUGCGUUGCAUAAUGAAUGAAUCAUUUAGCUGUUGCUUCUUACUUAUACCUUUUACAUAUAUGGCGCACAGUAAAAGCAAGCUGCUGAGCUGCUCGUGAACCGGUGUCCGUUAGAAGCAAACUGCAUGGAGGCGUUCAUGUACUACGGUUAGUCACGUGAUACUCUAUUACAAAAUGUUACAAAUACUUUUUACUUUUCAAAAUUCAUUUUAAUAUAUUCAGCUUCAUUUGAAACACCAUUGAAACAACUUAAAAUGCUAAUAUAAUCAUAAGAAAUGGACAUAAAGGGUAAAUACCAUGCACGAAAAGUAAUUUAUCACGUGGUAAAAGUCAACAACUGAAACCAACUUCGCCCCAGCUUCGCCCGAUUGACGUUUCUAGCGACGACCUUGGCGACGACAGUGUGGAAACGUGGAAGUUCCUGGAUGUAAUGUAGAGAAUUGUAGACAUGGAUUUGGCACCAUCAGCUCCACCUGAGCCCACUGAAGUUGAAUACCACUGGACAGACAUCACUGAUGACUUCCUUAACGCAUGUAAAGAUCUGAAGCUCGGAGAGCUGGUACACGAUGACAUGUUCGGCCUGUUCGACGCCAUGUCGGCCAUUGAGAUGAUGGACCCCAAGAUGGACGUGGGCAUGCUGUGCAACUCGUCGCAGCGACAGAUCCGCAGCUUCCAGCAGGCGGUCGAGGACGGCCUGCUGAAGACGGCCGACCUGACGCCGCGCGAGCAGCUCGGCGUGAUGGACACGUCCCUGGCCUACCUGCUCUCCUGGCUGGAGGGACACAGCCUCACGCAGACAGUGUCCACCAACGCCUACCUGCAGGCGCCCCACAGCAUCCAGGACCGGUGUGUGAAGGCGUUCAGCGUCGCCACCAUCCAGCUAGUCAACACCAUCUCGGAGCUGCUCGUCCAGGUAGCGCUACUGUACGAGGAGGAGGACUUUCAGCCGCAGUCGCUGCCCGACCGGACGGGCGUGACGCCUCUCCGUGCCGUCGGUAUGCUUCGGGAGGCGGAGGAGGAUGUGACGCGCGAGCUGCGAGCCAGGCGCAAGGCGGGAGACACGGCUGCCAGGGAGGAAACCGAAGAGCUCGUUGCGGUACAAGCGCGGUUAAAGUUCUUUCGCUGCCUGUUUCAAGCUGUGCUAGCCUUCUCAAAGAAGGAGAACCAGGGUCUGGAGGAGGCGUGGAAGGCGCUCUCCUCGGCCAAGGAGCUGCUGCCGGUGCUGAAGAAUACGUGCCCCAUGGGUGCCAGCUACGAACAGGUGGAACAGGCCGCCAAAGGCGGCCACCUGGUGACGAUGGGGUUCGACCCGCUGCUGAACCAGCGACAGCUACCGCCGGCCUUCCCUCGCUAUCCGCGGCUGCGCGCGUUACCGGCCACCAUGGACGAGCUGACCGCCCUGCUGGACCGGCUCCUCCGGCUGCGCACCGUACUCGAGUGCAAACAUCUGCACGCGCUCAUGGACUACAUGCAGGCGUUCAGCGCCACCAAGCCGUGCGUGUUCUCUCGCACGGUGCUGUUUGUGAUUGCCGAGCCUCUGCACGGUCUGAGCAGCCGACCGAGCCCGGCUGGAGCUCAGACGCUGCUGCAGGCGGCACGGGCCUUCAUCGCGCCGCCCUCACUGGCGCCCAGAUCACCGGUACUCGGCAAUGAAAAGGCCAAGGACGCUGUGGACAUGUUCAUGUGCCGGUGCCAGGCGGCCUUCUACCAGCUGCUUCAGGUGGCCGGCCACAACCGGGCCCGGCAGCGACAGAAACUCGAGAUGGUGCUGGCUGACCUGGCCGGGCUGCAGGAGGAGGCGGAGCGUGUGGACACGCUGCUGCACGCGCUGUGCCUUCAGCUGGAGCCGGCGCGUCACCACCUGGUGUGCUUCACCACCUGGAUCCUGUACCACGUGCUGCGCGUCAUGAUCCAAUACCUGCUCUCGGGCUUCGAGCUGGAGCUGUACAGCGCCCACGAGUACCACUACAUCUAUUGGUACCUCUCCGAGUGUCUGUACGGCUGGAUGGUAUCCACGCUGAACCGAGCCGACUCCUUUCUGGCCGAACACGACGCUGCCAUGGAGCUGGCCGCCCAGCGCGUCCGGAACAGUAAAAAGAGCCGCGCCAAGAAACGCAAGAGCCGCUACGAGCGUGACAUCGUGCUCACUCAGGCGUUACAGAAUCUCUGCGGGGGACUGCAUAAGACGUGUAUUGGGCUGCAGGCCGAGGGCCGGCUCCAGCGGCCGCACGCCGAGUUUGAUAACGAACAGGUGCGCUACGAGCACCGCUUCUGGCCGUUCAGUGCCGUGGUGACGCCGCCGCCCGUCCAGUACGGACACUACCGGCAUAUGACCGGCGCCGGGCCGCCACAACAGAACCGCGCCGUGCUGGCGUACUCCGAGGCGUGCCAAUGCUUCCACCAGGCCCGAGGGCUGCUGGAGACGCUCCCUGCCAAUGAUGCCGAGGUGGCCGUGCUGACCAGGAUGGCCAAGACCAACUACGUGGUGGCCAGGAUCCUGGCCGGCGGACACUCGCAGGGCCGCUCGCCCAUCUUCGACUUCUCCAGUCACAAGUACUUCCCGGUGAUACGGAUCCAGUGAUGGCGCCGCGCCUAGCUCUCGCCGAAUCUAGCUCCUGUGCUGACCGCCGCCGGUACCCCGCCCGUGGUGGGGCCGCCGCCCGCCUGCCUGCCGUGCCGCGCGCGGCGCCCGGCGCGCUGUCGGCACGCUGUGGUCGGGUAUCGGCAGUUUCCUGUCAUAUCGACUACCGCGGCGUGCAGUCAGCCGCUGAUAGGCGCCGCCGCCGGCGCGGUGAUUCAGCCUCCCGUCACCACUUCUCACUAAUCGGCAGCGGUCUUUUGCGAGCGGCGUGUGUGCUCGGCGGUCGGGGGCGGUGACCAAUCGGCGGCACCGCCGGCCCGCCUCUAUUGGUCGCCGUUCAAGGCCAUCGUGUACACAUUCCGGAGUGAACGCAGCCUAAUGGGGAGUCGGCGGCGCCAGGGGCCCCCGAACUCGUUACGAGCCGACCGGCGGGCGCCGCCGUCUCGGCGGCAGCAGCAUCUAUAACGGACCGGCCGGUGCGCCCGCCCGGGAGCCGUGCAGCAGGUAGCUCGGAUUGCGGGUGUUAUCGGAGUGUGCACGUGUGUAUGGGCUCCCUCCGCGUGUGUCUGGGGAAUGAAUGCGUCAGGGUGAGAGAAUGGGUGCAUCUGGGACAUUUGACGGGUCCCUCCCAUUUGCAAUAAUGUAUGCCAUGAUAAUGGAACGUCAUCAGAUUUGUACAUAGGCGGCAGCGUGCUACAUCUAGUCAGAUACUUAUUGCAUUGUGUUGACUUACCCGCAUUGUGGUAAUGUUUCACAAUAAAAAUGAACCGCCGAA